AUGGUGAUCAAACAACAUGAGCAGAGCAGGAAGUCGGCCAGUGCCAAGAACAGAGCAACACGGCAGUUGGAAGUGGGAGACAUGGUAAUGGCACGUUGAUUACCGAGGAAAUCUAAAGUGGAGAUCGGGAAAGGUCAUUGAAAGGAUCGGACCUUUGAUGUAUAAGAUCGAAGUGACAUCGGGCGUAAUCUGGCGCAGACAUAUUGACCAACUGCUGCCAACCGAAGUUAAACUAAGCACAAUACAGGACAGGGAGCAAACUGCGAAUAUGGGAGUAGUGCAGCCGGAAGUGAUAUCCAGUUCAAGUGAACAGACGUUGCCAAUAAUAGCAGCAGACUUGCAAGUGCAACAGGGCUCCAGCACCCACGAACUUGUAAAUGAGAGUACUACAGAGACAUCAAUGCCUCUGGCGACAACGAGGGAACGAAGAUAUCCAGAAAGAGUGAGGAAACCGCCUGUGAGACUUGAUCUCUAA